AUGUUCGACCACUUUAAGCUGAACGGUCCCAAUGGCUUCCCCGAACACCCCCACAGUGGUCAGGAAACGAUCACCUACUGCUUGAAGGGGCUGAUUGCUCACGAAGACUUGAUGGGCAACAAGGGGAUGCUCUACCCUGGUGACCUUCAAUUUAUGACUGCUGGUAAGGGUAUCGUCCACCUGGAGAUGCCUGUCGAACCCAAGGACGGCCUGGGGGCCCAAUUGCUCCAGUUGUGGGUUGACUUGCCGGCCAAGCUCAAGGAGUGCGAGCCCCGCUACCGGGACUUGCGUGAGUGGGAGAUCCCCGUGGCGCACUCUGAAGACGGUUUGACCGAAGUUAAAGUGAUCUCGGGUAAGCUGUUUGGCGUCGAAUCGGUCAAGGACUUGGCCUACACUCCCGUCGAGUUCUUACACUUUAUUUUGAAGAAGGGGGCGUCGUUCAAGCAAGAGCUUAACCCCGACUUCUCCUACUUCUUGUACAACAUCAAGGGUAACGGGCUUACUCUCAACGGCAGCAAGAAGAUCAAGCAAUACGAAAACGUGUUCUUCGCCAACGACGGCGGUGACUACAUCACCGGGGAAGCCACUGGCGACGAUGAAUUUAUCCUUGUUGGUGGUCAACGCUUGGACCAACCUGUGGUGCAACACGGGCCUUUCGUGCAAACGCUGAGAGACAAGAUCAUCAAGAAGUUCACUGACUACCAGUACGCUCGUGGUGGCUUUGAAAAGGUCAGAGACUGGCAAACGCUCAUUUCCGGCGGUGUCACUGAAGACAUGAUCAACGGUCCUCUUGGUGGUAACCUCGAGGAACGUGAGAAGGCUAAGCAAGCCUACUUGAAGAGCCACGCCUAA